CUGUCGUAUUCUCGUAGCCUUUUUGGAUUACACUUCCAAGUUACCAUUUACAAUUACCCGAAAUAAUCAGUUACAAGUUAAGUUGCAUGGUAAUCAGCUCAAUUAUUUUCAAUCCAACAGUCUUGGUGGGUGCUUCCAGAUCUGACGGUUUACAUGUUAAUAUCUUAACGGACUGCACUACAGGAGCAGAUUCUAGUGUUCGCCGGACGGAGUAGUAAGAUUGUAAGAUAAAAGCAACUUUCGAUCAAGCAACCAACAAUCAUGUGCUGUGAUGGAGAUUGCAGGCCACUGGGCUUCCUCCUGGGCCUUCCCUUUGCUUUUCUCUCUCUCAUCGUCUCCAUUGUUGGAAUUGUUGUUUGGAUCGUCGGGUUGUUGUUGACGUUGGUCUGUCCCUGUUGUUUGUGCGUGACGGUUCUAGUGGAGCUGGCGCUGGAGUUGGUCAAAGCUCCAAUUCAUGUCAUGGAAUGGUUCACUGAACAGAUCCCUUGUUAAUUGGUCUCCAAUCCAAUCCACACCGACUGGAGUCCUCUGGUUUAUUUUACGGUGUUUUGUGCAUUAUUAUGUACCAUAUGUUGCUUGCUUUGCCUUACGUAUCUUCCGGAUCUAUUUCUAGUUAUUCUGCUACUUGAUUAUUGUUAGGGUGAAAUUUGGGCAAAAUUUCAUUUCAGGUUUCUUCACUACUGGUCAUAUAUACUUUUAUUUUAUAUAGUAAUGGGACUUUGAUUUCUGGCUGAUGUAUGAGGAUUUCCUGUACUUCCACACAAGGUAGAACACCAAUUUCUCAUUGCCUUUCAUCUUUAAAUACUGUAUUAAGUAUUUCUUUAUGGGAAAUUUUGUUAAACCUUGUUUUU